UUAAGUCGUCGGGGAGAAGUCGUAGCGCCAAAAGGAGAGCCGUCUGGGAGACAAGAGUCCGGGCGGGGAUCCAGAGAAAAGCCCCUCAAGCGGAGCCCCUUGAGGCGGCCGCCUUCGGCAACCUCCGGGGGAGUUUCGGCUCUUUCCGGCAGUUCCAGCUCCGGCCCUCUACUCCCAGCGCGCGCUGUCACCCCCACCCAACGCUGCCCGGCUCUUUCUGGGACUCGCCAUUCUGCACGCGGCUGCGAGCUCGUGUCCCACACCCGUCCCGACUCCCAUCUAGUUUGUUCUCCAACCCACUCUUCCAAUCCCUUCCCUGCAUCGUUCUUACCGAUUCUCGGCGACGCCCGAGCUUCCUCAACUCGGGCGCGCGAUCCACAGGGCGGUGUGAGGCGCGAGGGACCCGGUAGCGGGAGGAGCUGUAACCCGACGGACAGGAGGCCACCUCUCGCCCCGCGCCUUUCCGCGCGCGGGUCUUCGGCUCGCGGGGCCGCCUCGCGCCCGGGCCUCACUCGCGGGCCGGUUGGCUGUAACGGCCUCGAGCUCGGCGCGCCGGGUUCGCGCUGGCGCGAGCACGCGCCCUGUGCGCUGGCUAGCCGGCGCGCACGCGCCCGAGCGGACUGCGGGGCGGGGCGAAGAGCUCGAACCCCAGCGAGGUCGGUGUGGAUCGGCUGGCACUCAGGCCCCCAGCCGCGGCUGCGAUUCCCAGCCCGCCGCCCGGCCGAGGAGGGAAGCAGAGAAAGGGGCGGUGGGGGCGGGGCGGCGUCCGGCUCCGGGAGAGCUGGGGGAGGAGCGCGACGGCUGCAGCUCUAGAAGAGGAGGAGGCGGCAGCGGAGGAGCUCCUUUCGUCUUCUCAGACCCCAGAGCGUCCGGGACGCAGAGCCGGAACUGGGAACGCGGCGACUGCGGGGGCCCGGGAUAGUGGACCACGUAUUGUCAGAACUCUCCACCAUGACCUAUCCAUGUUGAUGGCCCUACAUGGCAUGGCUCAUAGUUUCACUGAGUUAGACAAGAUUGUGAUCCAUUUGAAAAAUUUUGAAUCUCCCUGGAAAAAGAGACAUGAAUGUCUGCAAUGAUAUUUCUUGACAUGAAUUUGAUAUGAGAGAAGAAAAGGAGAUCGACGGCUAGUGAACAGGAUUUCAAAUAACCAGGAUUUUAUAUUUAUCACCUUUGGUCACCUACUUUUAAAUCAAAGACAACUACAGUCAGAACCAAGACAAGGCAAAAUAAUACUUUUCUUCUGCAUUUUUUGAGACUAAAGAAACCUGAAAUGUCUAGGAAACAAAACCAGAAGGAUUCAUCAGGAUUCAUUUUUGAUUUGCAGUCCAAUACUGUACUGGCCCAAGGAGGAGCUUUUGAAAACAUGAAAGAAAAGAUAAAUGCAGUGCGUGCAAUAGUUCCCAAUAAGAGUAACAAUGAAAUUAUCCUGGUUUUGCAACACUAUGAUAAUUGUGUGGACAAAACAGUACAAGCAUUCAUGGAAGGUAGUGCCAGUGAAGUACUCAAAGAAUGGACAGUAACAGGCAAGAAAAAGAUUGUUCAGAACAAAAAGAAGAAAAGCAAGCCAAAACCUGCAGCAGAACCAAGUAACAGUAUCCCAGACUCCAACAAAUCGGUUUCCAUUCAAGAGGAACAAUCUGCGCCCUCCUCAGAGAAAGGUGGUGUUAAUGGUUAUCAUGUCAACGGUGCCAUCAAUGAUACUGAGUCUGUGGACUCACUCAGUGAAGGUGUGGAGACACUUUCAAUAGAAGCCAGAGAACUGGAGGAUCCUGAGUCUGCCCCAUCAGAAAUGCUGGAUAGAACAGGAUCCAUGCUGGAGAAUGGUGUCUCUGAUUUCGAGUCCAGAUCUUUGACUAUGCAGUCUACUCAGAAUUCUCAACAAAAUAGGAAUGCUGCCAAGUCUCUCUCAAGAACUACUGUAGGACCUCAGCUUUCAAAUCUAGGCAUGGAAGAUGUUCCUCUCUUUUCCACCAACAAAAAGCUGGGUUCUAAUAUUGAAAAAUCUGUGAAAGACCUCCAGCGCUGCACAGUGUCUCUUGCACGAUAUCGAGUUGUAGUUAAAGAAGAGAUGGAUGCUUCUAUUAAGAAAAUGAAACAAGCUUUUGCCGAAUUGCAGAGCUGUUUAAUGGAUCGGGAAGUGGCAUUGCUUGCUGAAAUGGACAAAGUGAAAGCUGAAGCAAUGGAAAUUUUGCUUAGCCGUCAAAAGAAAGCCGAACUUCUAAAGAAAAUGACUGAUGUGGCUGUUCGGAUGUCAGAAGAGCAGUUGGUCGAGCUCAGAGCUGAUAUCAAGCACUUUGUUAGUGAACGUAAAUAUGAUGAGGAUCUGGGACGAGUGGCCCGAUUCACCUGUGAUGUAGAGACCCUGAAGAAGAACAUUGAUUCAUUUGGACAAGUGUCCCAUCCAAAGAACAGCUAUUCGACCCGGUCUCGAUGUAGCUUGGUUGCAUCUGUGUCUUUGAGUAACCCGUGCGACGCCUCUGCUGCUGCUGCUUCCACCUGCGCCUCUGCUCCCAGCCUUACAAGCGCUAACAAGAAGAACUCGGCACCGGGGGAGACGCCUGCAACCACAGCAAACUCCGGUGGCCGAUCCUACCAGCCUCACCGAGAGGCAUUGCCGGGAAACAGACGAGGAGGACAAGGCUACAGGCCACAAGGCCCAAAGUCCAGUGACCCCACGAACCAAGGGCGACAUGACAGCAUGGGUCGUUACAGAAAUAGCUCGUGGUAUUCAUCUGGUUCCAGGUACCAGAGUGCUCCAUCCCAGGCACCAGGAAACACUAGUGAACGGGGCCAGGCUCACUCUGCAGGGACCAAUGGGACUGGAGCCAGCAUGGAGCCCGGCCCACCCAAGCCCUCAUUCAGGAAGGGGCUCCCCCAGCGCAAACCUAGGACCUCUCAGCCUGACGUUGUGAACUCCUGAGGAAGAUUCCAUCCGGUCUCUCUCUUCUUUCCCACACAAUUCAACUUGGUAACUGGACUUUAGGAAACUUAUAGUUAGAUUUAAUAACAAAAAGAAGUUUACGCAUAUCACUUUUUAUGCCAUUCUAAAUAUUUUGCCAUUCUAAAUAUUUUGGUUUCUUCUCUCCUCGUUUCCUCUUUACCAUUUUUGGAAGGGAAGCUGUUUUUGUUUUUUUUUUCUUCUUUCCCUUGACCUUUCCCAGUGAGAUGGAUUGAUUCUGAUUGGUCAUUUCCACCAGAAAUCACAGGCAACUGUUGCCAGGUUUCCCAAGGGUAAGCAGUGUUCUUCCCGGGGCUCCAGGCCUUCCAGAGGCCUGAAGAAGCCUUCCUCAGCCAGCCCAACUGUCCAGGCGUUCAGGAGGAGAUGGAUCACGGCUGGUCUUGCUACCUUUCUGUCGCAGCAGGAGCCGCACGUGCCUGUUGGGUUCCCUGUACACAACAGUGUGAACAGGAGAGGCAGCAAGGGGGUUGUGUACAGCCCUGAAUUGGCCAGAAAAGGGGGGAUUGAAUAGGUGAAAAUGGAAGAACCCUGGGACACAUUUGAGAAUCUGCCUGUGCUCCUAAGCUGUGCCUGAGACUGACACUCAGAUCGCAGUUUUAGUCUCUCGCUUGGCACCAUGGCUUAACCUGUGGUUUCUUCCAUAUGCCCAAGCCUUGUUUUCUAUGAUCUUAGGCUGCAAACCAGUCUAGGGAAGUCUAUGGGAAAGUAGCAUUAAUUCAAGGGAAAAAAGUAUUUCUUCAUUUCAGUGUUUGAAGAUUUUUGUUGCUAUUGUUCUCCCUCUUUCCUGAUUCCCAUUCUGACCCUGAACCAAAUUUAUAGCAAUAUAAUUAGUGUUAAUCUAAGGUGUCAACCAUCCAAAAAUUGCUGCAGUCAAUCUUUAGAGUUGAAUAAAUAAAAACAAUUGCAUAAA